GUACAUGUACAGUAGUUAUCAGGAUUUUGAACCUUUUCAUGUAUAAGGUUGCGACUCUGGGACCUUGAGCUUAAAAUGAUUAGUAGUUGGCACUGGCUAAAGGUAAACUGAAUAAAUCAUCUCAAAUGUUCUAAAUCAAGCUGGUGAGGAUCCUGAUAAUUUAGAAACGUGAUUUAUGAGUUAUAGCAUGGAAACGGAAUUUGAUACAGAGUUGGAUAAAAUAAGGAAAAUCUGUGUGUGUACAAUUUGCAGUGAGCCUCUAAAGGCACCUGUGACAUUUCCAUGUUUGCAUAUGUACUGUCAGGAGUGUGUUCAUGAUUCAAAAUCAAACACAACAAGUGAAUGUCCUCAAUGCACAAAUGAGGACACAACUGAAGCAAUUACGAUGACGCCAAGUGUAACAAUGGGUCGUAUACACGACGUACUACAUCCAAAGGCUCCAAAGACAAAGACUGGUGAAUAUGAGUGUAGUGUUUGCGUUAUAGUCGACAGUGAUUCCAAGACAAAAGCGGUUGCAAAAUGCAUUGAAUGUGAUCAAAAACUCUGUGAAAAUUGUGUCAAAAUGCACGGUGCAAUAAAACUAUUGAAAGAUCAUAAUCUUAUCGACCUACCAGGUGAUAAUAGUGUGAAUGCUAAAGCAGAGCUAGAUGCUAUUAAAGCAAGCCAUGCAUUCUGUUUAAAGCACACCGAUAAGCCACUCGAAUACGUCUGUGAAAUAGACAAAACUGUACUUUGUCCAACAUGUUGUAUUGUCAAUCACCCUGGUCAUAUAUGUACAAGUGUUACAGAUGCUGCUGAAUCCGUUCGUGAGUCCUUAAAACUCCUUCUUGAUAAUGGAAAUGAACGAAUUGGUGGUUACACAGAGGCACUAGAAAAUGCAGGUGAAUUUGAGAAGGAUCUGAAACACAGUGCAGACGAAGGAAGGACUAGUAUCGAAAAUGAUAGAGCUGCGUGUAUAGCAGCAAUAAAUAAGACAUUUGAUGAGAUGAAAGCUUCAUUAGACAAAGUGGAGAAAACUUGUCUUGAAGCUAACGAUCGCCAUGUGAUAGAAUUAAAGCAAUCAAUGUCACAAAUCGAACAUCAAAUGAGUCAAAUAACUAUACUAAAAGCAUAUGGUCAUCCUUCGGAACUUGUGACGCUUUCUUCAGCAUUUGAAAAGAAAUCGAGGGAUUGGGCAAUUCCACCAUCUCCGAGGACAGAUUACAGAGUAAGUGUUAAUGUCACUUCUUCCGGUAUAUUUGACAAUCGUAUUGAAUUUGGUAAUGUGACAACUUCAUCCAUCAAAAGACAGACGACACUUCUUGCAAAAUCAGUUGUCGUCCAGUGCAAACUUUUGACUGAAUCUGUCCUCAACGAUCUUGAUGUUCUCGAUAGUAAAGAUGUUGUUGCUACUACGGGGAAUGUGGCGAUGUUAUACGAUUCUAAUUUUAAGCUUAAAAAGAAGAUCGAGGGCCAGAAUAUGUGGUCAGUGACAUCUAUGUCAAGGGGAAAUAUCGCAUUCACCCAUAACUCUGACGUCAUCAGUAUUUACGACAAAGAUGGCGACCAUAUCCAUGAUCUUCAAAUUGAAAACGCAAAGUAUCUUCGUGGUAUAGCAACCGAUGUACAUGGCAAUCUUGUCGUUUCUGACCUUGGAAGCAAAGUUGUGUCACAUAUCGAUAUUGGUACAGGCGAAACACUGUCCAAAACAGAGAAUGCCUCAUUCCUUUGGCCAGGCUAUGUAACAAAGAACAGCAAGGAUGUAACGAUAGUGUCUGAUUAUGAUGCGGAUUGUAUCAUUGCAAUUGAUCGUAACACUGAUCAAGAACUCUUUCGUUAUGGCAAACGUGGAGCUGGUGACAAUGAAAUGAACAACCCUAGAGAUGUCUGUACCGACUGUGAUGACAACAUCAUUGUAGCGGAUUCAGCAAACUACAGGGUGGUCCUCCUGAGUCCCGAGGGGAAGCUCAUAAGAUAUCUUCUGACUGAGAAAGACGGUCUACAAUACCCCUGGGGUCUGGCAAUAGACAGCGAUGAAAAUCUUCUUGUUGGUGACAGUCAAGGAAAAGUAUUUGUCGUAAAAUACAGAGGAUGAGAUAGAUACAAUGAUACUGAACAAAAGGAGAUACAUAUUAUGUCCGAAACAAAAUUUUGGCUUCAUACCCCAAAAUUAGAAAAAACAACUCCGACAAACGUACCAUUUUAGUUUUAAAAAAAUCAAAACUUGCAAUGAGUUAUCGUAAUCACAUUAUAAAUCGUCGCCUAUUGCGAAAUCUCUCUAAUAAAUAUAUAGAAUUGAUUAAUAUAUGAGAAUUCAAAUAAAACUGUAUCUUGGACUAAUUAAAAAUCACUUACAAGCAUACGUUUACAUUUAGAUAAUCUUUGGCAAUUGGAGUAUAAAUGGUGUUUAAAAAUGCAAUAAACAUGUUCUCGCAACACUGCGGGUCGUGGCUUUUAA